AUGGAAGAAAAUAAUAAUAAUAAAAGUAAUAAUAAUAAUAAUAAUAAUAAUAAUAAUAAUAAUAAUAAUAAUAAUAAUAAUAAUAAUAAUAAUAAUAAUAAUUGGCCAAGUGUUCAAAGUAUAGAGGAUAGAAUUAAUAAUGAUAUAGAAUCAUUGAAAAGAGAGAAUAUUGUUGAAGAUUUAAAAAUAUCAAUUAGGUAUAUAAUCUAUACACUAAUUACCUUACCAGAAAAUAAUCAAACAUUAUAUGAAAGUAGUUUUGGUGUUUCAAGGUUAUGUAUGUCAAUUGAGAAAUUAUUAAGUAAUAAUUUCAUUGAAACAUAUAUAUCACCCACCCUAUGGAGUAUAAUAACAAUCAUUCAAAAUGAAUACCAAAUAAUAGAUAAUAGUGAUUUUCAAAACAUUUUACAUCAUUCACCAUUAAUUUUAACAGAUUUGGGUAGAUCAAGAUCAUAUAUUAGACAUUUACUAAAUAAAAAAAUGACUUCAACAUUUUUUACUAAACAUAAUCAAUUGUUAUUACAAGAAAAUUCAAAAUUAUUAAAAUUUUAUAAAUCCAACUCUGUAGUGUUAGACCCAAAAUCAAUGUCAGUAGUACUAGAUAUUUUAAAAAAAGUGGAUGAUAAUAAAUUUUCAAUAAUUGUUCAUUCUUCAAGUUUUGAUACUCUAAUAGAUCAUAGUUAUUUUAGUAGUGAUAAAAUUCAUAAUAAUAGCAAUAAUAAUAAUAACAAUAAUAAUAAUUAUGAUAAUGAUGAUGAUGAUGAUGAUAGUGAUAAUAUGAUUGAAACCAAUAUGAAUGAUACGAAUGAUAUUAAUGAAUUAACUGACAUUAAUGAAAUUAUAAAUAAUAGAAAUAAAACUAAUCAUCCAUCGUCAACAAAAAUCAAUAAUGAUGAUGAUGAUAAUAAUAAUAAUUUUAAUGAUCACAAUUUAAUUAUUUCACAGUUUGAAUCACCGCCAGAAUCUGAUGAUCUUGAUAAUAAUAAUAUUAGAAUUAAUAAUAAAAUUUUAGAAAAAUUAAAUAAAUUAAAAAUCAAAGAAUCACCACCACCACAACCACCACAACCAUCAUCACCUCAAAUAAUAGAGAAAGAGGAUGAUAUUAACUACAGUGAUAUUUUGGAUAAAAAUUUUAAAUCAAAAGAAACACCUGCACAAGUUUCCUCAUCAUCGUCAUCAAAAGAAGUGUCAAAUCUCUCUGAGAAUGAUAUUAAUUAUAGUGACCUAUUAGAUCAAAGUUUUCAAUCAAAAACAACAAAAAGUACAAAUAAAAUCAAAGAGGAAGAUAUUGAUUAUAGUGAAUUAUUAGAUCAAAGUUUUACAACAUUUAAAACCGGUGCUUUUAAAAAUAAUGAUGAAAAUAAUGAAAAUAACAAUAAUAGCAAUAAUAAAGAAAACAAUAGUGAACUUAAAAAUAAUGAAUUUCCCUCUCCUUCAAAUUUUAAUAUACAACUACCCAUCAAUCAUAAAUUAUUAUAUGAAGAAAAUGAUGACUAUGAUUUUUAUAAUAAUAAUAAUAAUAAUAAUAAUAAUAAUAAUAAUAAUAAUAAUAAUAAUAAUAAUAAUAAUAAUAAUAAUAAUAAUAAUAAUAAUAAUUUAGUUGGUCAGCAAAUAAAUAAAAAAACCACUAAAAUUAUAAUUAAAAAGAAAAUCAUUAAAAAAGUUUCCCAACCAAAGCAAACUCUUGAAAGAGAUAUUGAUUUAUAA